AUGGAUGUUUGGCGCUAGAUUGGCAAUCAAAAAGUAUAAGAUGUUGAAACUGUUCUGGAUGCAUUUAAUAACACAAAUUGUCCAGAUUAGAUCGCCUAUAACAAUUGUUUAGGGUUUAUGAAAUUAUUAAAGUCAUCUGAUCUCCUUGAAUAAAUUAAGAAUCUGUAUAGUGAUCGUUAUUUUUGUCAACAAUUAUCGCAAUCUUAAUUUGAUAACUUUCUUCGAAUCACAAUAAAAUCAGUCUCCUUGUAUUAAGGGAGAGAUGAAGACUUUGUGGAUGGAAUAAACUUACUUCAAGAUUAUUUUUUAAAUUUUAACACCAAUCAAUUUUGCUUUGCCUUGUUAUCAAAUAAGAAACUAUUGGAAAAGCAUCCCAAAAUUAUGUUAACCAUCUUUUCCAAAGCCAUAGUUUAAGAAGAUCAAAUAUUAUUGAAUAAAAUAGUCUAAUUAUUGGGUCAAAAGUAAUUGAAAUCCUUCCAUCAUCAAUUCCUAAUUGAUUUAAUUUAAAUUGAUCUUACUCAAAAGUAAUCAUUCAGAACAUACGCUGAAAAACUAUUUGAUUCCUUCAUCGGACACACAAUUUAAGAAUAACAAUUGAAAAUCAGCAAUUUAACAUUUCAAGACAUCAUAUUGGCGUUCAAAAGACUAAUAAAAUGGGAUUCUCUAAACUAUAAAUUUAUUUUAGUCAAAUUGGAUAACUACAUCAUGACUCAAGAGAAGAAUAACGAUGCAAAUAUAUUAAAACUGAUAUUCUAUAUCAUGACUUCCCAGUCAUCCCAUCUCUGGAUCAAUUGCUCAUAUCUUACUAAGACUAUCAAACUACAUUGGAAAACUGCUGACUUUGAGUUCCGAUUUUAUAGAGUUCUCAAACUCCUCAGAAUCAACAAUCAUCGUGACGUAGAUUCUAGCUAUAGGAUGGGAUUCAAUGGACUUUCUGGACAGAAAGUCGAUUCCUUUAGAUUAGCUUAAGAUCUAGAACAAAACAUUAAGAAGGUAUUUGUCACUCCUUUUAUAUAUAGACUAUACAAGAAAGUGAUCAUCAGAUUGUUUACCUCUAAUUUAUCAAAUAGGCAUUUAAGAGAGAACCGUACUGUUUUAGCUAUUCUUUUAUUUAAUUCCUGCUUUAAUAUCGAUAUGAGGAUAAGCCAGAUUUAUACUAGCCUUUCUGGUCUCUAGUAUCGAAGAUCUACUCCUUUUUCUUUAUCCAAUUAUAUGAGCAGGAUAUUACUAAUGUGUUUGACUUUUAAGGUAUGUUUGUGGAUGAAAAUGGGAAUACUAAGUUGACUACCAAAAUUGGAAUUCAAAAGAAGAAUGCUCGAAAUCUAGUUCCUUAUUUUCAAUAAUUGUAUGUAUUUGAUCUAAUAUUUUAAUAGAAUUAUUAAUAGUUAGAAUUUAAUUAUCACCGUUUAUAAAAAAUUCUAUAAAUUAUUUUUAUCAGAAAAACAAAUCUUUAAUUUCUUCACCAAUUUAAUUUACGAACCCUUAUAUUAACAGAUCGAAUUUCAAUUUCCUGAUAAGUCAAAUCUAAAACAAAAUUAGAACACUUAACUCUACUAUUUGUUCUCUGAUAUUCUGGAUUCCUUCUAGAAUACAAAAAAUGUAUUAUAAGAUUACUUGACUGAAAUCUUCAAAUAACUCAACUAAAACACUAAGGAGAAUACAUUUAGAAUACUAUCCUAUUAUUAAAAGAUACACAAGAAGUAUUAGUAGUCCUCGCUCUCUGAUUAUUGCUUGGAUUUAGUCAAUAAAUCUCAUGCCUUUAUGUUAUCUGAGAUAUUUUAAGGGAAAAAUGAAUUGUCCCAAUAAAUCAACGUAGUUUAAAGUUAAAAUCUUAAGAAUAAUUUGCAACAACUAUUGCAACUCUAUCAACCAUUAUCUGAUGUCAGAUGCAAAGAGUUAAAAUAAAUGCAAGAUAUCAUUUUGACUAAUUUCUCAGUAUAAUCUAUUAUCUAAAAAGGUCAAUUAUAAUAUUAGUAUCGAUUCUUCAACUUCGAGAAGUUUCUUGCUUUGCUUAUUGAAAGUCAAUAACAAGUUGUCCUAAUAAUAUUAUGAGAAACAAUUGAAUAACCUCCUCCAACAAUUCGACCAUGUUUUUGUGACUAAUGGAUAUGCAAAUUAGGAGAAGCUUGAGUAAUAAUGUUAGAAGUUUUCAGAUUUUGAUGAAAAGGAGUAAUAUCUUAAUAUUUAUAAUAGUUAAAACGGUUAAUACUUCUAAUCUAUUAUUGAAUAAAAAUCAAUUGUAGUUGAGUAAUACAUUCGAACCAGUCCUCAACUAAAAUAAUAAUUUUAAGUUUUACUCUAUUUGCAAUUGUUGAAUCUUCUAAUUUCAAGGAUUAAUAGAUACGAAUUUGAAGUUGAAGCAUUGAUUACAAGUUUGAGGAAAUUGUUGACUCAUCCCUAUGUGUCUGAUGAAUUCAUUAUUGAUAUUUGGAAUGAAAUCUAUCUCAUAAUUGAGUAAUUGAAUGAAUAAAGUUCUGAGAAGUGGUUGGAAUUGACUCAAUAGAAAUUGAUGAAUAAUGUUUUGAUUCAUUUAGAUUAAACAAUCUCAAUCACUACCACUCUCAUAUUAGCAGUAAUUGUAAAUCAGAAAUCCCUUCAAGCAAAAUAGAUUAGAUUUUCGAAAUUGUUAUUCCUUGUAAGCGAGUUGAAAAGCAAUAACCAAAGGAAUUCCAUUUAUAGAAUUAUAUUUAGUAAUUUCGAUAAAUUGGAUUCCAAUCUUUGUUAGAAGAUAUUUUUUGAAAUGAAGGAUUAAUUAAUGAUUCAAAGUGGAACAUAUAAACUAUUAAAGUUGAUAUUACAGGAACCAGAUAAUAUUGACCAUUUUAAUCUCAUAAUCAAGGUGUUUUUAGGGUAGGAAAUACAUUAAAUACAAAUUCCAAUCCUUCAAUUUAUAGCUGAAAAUAUAUUUAAAAUAGGUAUCAGAUAUUAAAUUCUCAUCCAAUUGGGAGCUUGUGGAAGAUCUGUUAAAACAAAAAAGUUUGCUAAACAUUUAACCAAGUAAUUUUAAUAAGCCGUAAUACAAUGUAAAUAAUGAAAUUAUUUUAAGAUUAGGAUCUGACCUAGUUCAUCAUGAUGAUAAAUUCUGUAGUCUACUUGGCAUCAAUAUCUAUCAAAGAUCUCAAUUACUAAAGCACCUAUUGGUUAUUCAGAAAAACACUCAAACAUUUUUUCUAACCUAGAAUCAAAUCCAAUAAUAAAAAAUGCAGUUAAAUAAUAAACUUGAUUUCUUAUUUCAUUGAAUAAAGUGUUUUUUUAACCCCUGUCAAAUCUGAAUUUGAAUUCUAAUUAUCUGAGAAAUUGGAAAUCAACCUCAAAAAAUUGCCUGAAUCAAUUUAGCAAUCCAAUAAAUCAAUUAUCGAUUUUACAGAUAUGAUGGGAGUAUUAUAACAGUAUUUGAAUGAUGUAAUCUCAUUUGGAAAGAAGAAUUUUGAAUUCCUUAAGAAGGAUCAAUAACCACAAGGUAAUGCAGAUAUCUUUGAUGCAAUAUUAUUUUCAGUAUCUCUUAUUUAUAUUUUAGAUGAACCAAAAACAAUCAAAAUAAAUAGUGAAAUCGAAAUAAUAAUAACUUACUAAUCCAUUCCAGAAUUUUGCUGACUUUAAGUAAUCAUCCAAAAUGGAAAAAGUGACCAAGGCACUUGAUGUAGAGAAAGAAAUUAAAUGA